GGCGCGAGCGGAGUCGAGGCGCUGCGGGCCGGGCGGCCGCUCCCGAGCAGACCGCGAAGCGGACGCCCGCGGCUGGCGACGUUUUCGUUCGCGGGGCCCGAGCUGGGCAGCGCGGACAUGGCCGGCAUCACCCAGCUGUUCGAUGACCUGUGCGAGGCCCUCCUGCCAACGGCCCCGGCUCGCCCGGGCCAGCGCGGCGUGCCCCGGAGCAGGGCGAAGCAGACCCUCAAGCGCGUGGCCUACAAUGCCCUUUUCACGAGCCUGUUCCAAGAGGAGACUCAGCAGCCGCAGCCCGACCUCCCGAAGCUCCCCGUGAGGAACAAGGUCCUCAUGCUGUCCUUCGACCUGAGAGUGGGCGGCCUGGGCCCCGAGGCUGACCGACUGGAGGAGCUGGUGGAGGGGCUGGAGGCAGACCCGUGCUGUCCACUCGUGGAGCUGGGGUCUGCGUUGGACCUCCUGGUUCAGCUGGCAGGGAGCGGCCCGCCACGCACCCUGCGGAGAAAACGGGACUACUUCUGCCACAACAGGCACGCGGGCCGGAACGUCCCCUACGGCGGCUACAACUGCUGCGACCUGCGGCUGUUGGAGAUGGACGUCCAGUCCCUGAUCGCCAGCGAGGAGUACUCCUGCCACAGCAUGGUCCAGGAAACGCUUCAAGUGAUGGAGGCUGCUCCAGGCACUGGCCUGCCCACCGUAGGGCUCUUCUCAUUCGGUGACCCUUGUGGUGACAGGUUUGAGAGAGAAACCCGCAUCUCGAUCUUCGGUGCUCUUGUGCACAGUCGCACUUAUGACAUGGAUGUGCGACUAGACCUGCCCCCUGUGCCAGAUAGUGCAGACCUCUCUGGACUGGCCAUUAAGGUCCCUCAAAGUGUGGAUCAGUGGGAAGAUGAAGGGUUCCAGUCAGCAUCCAAUUUGACUCCUGAUUCUCAGUCUGAACCAAGCAUGACCCCAGAUGUGGACCUGUGGGAAGCUGCCCUCACAUAUGAGCCCAGCAAGCGGAGGUGCUGGGAGCGAGUGGGAUGCCCCCCUGGCCACAAAGAGGAGCCCUACCUCACUGAAGCGGGAAGGGACGCCUUUGACAGGUUCUGCAGGCUCCGCCAAGGUGAGCUUCAGGCGCUCAGUGGGGGCCUCCUGCAGGCCCCAAGGCCCAUGUUGGUGAAGGAGCAAGAGCUGGUGAAGGACUCGCUGAACGUCCUGCUUGGGGUGGUGUCCGCCACGUUCUCCCUCUGCCAGCUCUCUCAGGCCUUUGUUGUGGAGCGGGGUGUCCACGUGUCAGGGGCUUCUCCCGAGAGCAUCAGCAGUAUCCUGUCAGAGGUGGCUGAGUAUGGGACCUGCUACACACGCCUGAGCCACUUCUCCCUGCAGCCCGUGCUGGGCGCCUCCUGCAGCAGGGGCCUUGUGUUUCAGGCCUUCACCAGCGGCUUGAGGCGGUACCUGCAGUACUACCGGGCCUGCGUCCUCGCCACCCCGCCCACACUCAGCCUCCUCACCAUUGGCUUUCUCUUUAAGAAGUUGGGCCGGCAGCUCAGGUACCUGGCUGAGCUUUGUGGUGUUGGCACUGUGCUCCCUGGGUCCAGCGGAGGAGAGCCCGGGGAUGCAUUCCCUACCGGGGUGAAGCUCCUGUCCUACCUCUACCAGGAAGCCCUGGACAACUGCAGCAAUGAGCACUACCCUGUGCUGCUGUCCCUGCUGAAGACAAGCUGUGAGCCCUAUACACGGUUCAUUCAUGACUGGGUGUACAGCGGGGUCUUCAGAGACGUGUAUGGGGAGUUCAUGAUCCAGGUGAACCACGAGUACCUUGGUUUCAGAGACAAGUUUUACUGGACCCAUGGCUAUGUGCUCAUCUCCAAAGAGGUGGAGGACUGUGUGCCUGUGUUCCUGAAGCACAUUGCCCACGACGUGUACGUCUGUGGGAAGACCAUCAACCUGCUGAAGCUCUGCUGUCCCCGGCACUACCUCUGUUGGUCGGAUGUCCCUGUGCCUCGCAUUUCGGUGAUUUUCUCCCUGGAGGAGUUGAAGGAGAUAGAGAAGGACUGUGCUGUCUACGUUGGGCGGAUGGAGAGGGUUGCCCGCCACAGCUCCAUCAGCAAGGAGGAGAAGGAACUACGUAUGGAAAUUGCAAAACAAGAAUUAAUUCUCCAUGCCCGGGAAGCAGCCUCCAGGGUCCUGAGUGAGCUGAGCGACCGGCAGAUGUCCGAGCAGAUGGCCUUGGAUGCCCGGAAGCGAGAGCAAUUUCAGCGUCUAAAGGAGCAGUUUGUGAAGGACCAGGAGCGACGCCUGGCGGCCCGACAGGAAGAACUGGAAGAUGACUUCAGCUAUGCUCGUGAGGUCCGGGACCGAGAGAAGCGGCUGACAGCCCUGGAGGAAGAGCUGGACAGGAAGGCCAGGCAGGCACUGGUGGACCACUAUAGCAAGUUGUCUGCAGAGGCAGCUCGUCGGGAGCAGAGGGCACUGUGGAGAAUCCAGAGGCACCGACUGGAAAGUGCACGGCUUCGUUUUUUCCUAGAAGAUGAAAAGCGUGUCCAGGAGAUGCUGAAGAACGUGGCUGAGGCUUGCCAGCCCCAGGAGCUGCUGGGUCACCUCCCAGGUACCUGCUCCCAGGUCAAUGCCCUGUUGCAGGUCACAUCUCCAGGCCCUGAGCACCCAGACAGAGGUCCUACCUGUAAUUCAGCACCCACAGAGCUGCACUUGGCUGCCUGGGAUUGUCCAGGCAGGCCGAGUGUGCCCACUACGCAGGCCAUUGAGUCUCCAGCAGUUGGGGCUGGUGGCUCGGGGACCAGGCUGGCAGAGGGGGCUGAGCCGUUCUCUGCUGGCCUCAGCAUCACAGACUUCCUGCCCUUGGGUCCCAGCGCUGAGCAGCCUGUGCAGACCAACAGGGCCCUUCCCCUGGAGGAGGCGCUGCAGACCAUCAGCUCAGACCUGCCUGCCGUUUCCCCUGGGGAGGCCCAUGCCACAGCUAGUACACAGCCUGCCCAGCCACAGGAGUACGACUUCAGCACCGUCCUGAGGCCAGCUGUGGCCACCUCACCUUCCUCAGGUCCCCUCCAGGCUGUUGAGGGCAGCUUGGGCCCUGAGGAGCACGUGCCAUGGGAGGGCACGCAUGAGGGCACACAGAUGGCUCUGUCCCCCCCACUCAGGCAUGUCACCUCUGAGGAGGGAAGCAACCGGCCCACAGGGCAGCUCCAUAGGCACGUGUCAGAUGCCAGCAUCAGGGUAGGGGAGAACAUGCCAGACGUGGCUCCCUCCCGGCCACGGUGGAACGUCCACGGGCACGUGUCAGAUGCCAGCAUCAGGGUGGGGGAGAACAUGCCAGACGUGGCUCCCUCCCGGCCACGGUGGAACGUCCACGGGCACGUGUCAGAUGCCAGCAUCAGGGUGGGGGAGAACAUGCCAGAUGUGGCUCCCUCCCGGCCACGGUGGAAUGUCCACGGGCACGUGUCAGAUGCCAGCAUCAGGGUGGGGGAGAACAUGCCAGACGUGGCUCCCUCCCGGCCACGGUGGAACGUCCACGGGCACGUGUCAGAUGCCAGCAUCAGGGUGGGGGAGAACAUGCCAGACGUGGCUCCCUCCCGGCCACGGUGGAACGUCCACGGGCAUGUGUCGGAUGCCAGCAUCAGGGUGGGAGAGAACAGACCAGAAGCUGAGCCCAACCCACCCUGGCCCCACCAGAGCCCCCCUAGCCACGUUUCUCAGGCAGGCUCAAGCCUGGAAGUACAGAACCCUGCCCUGGAACAUGGGCCACAGCUACCUGCAGACACGGAGCCUUCCAUCUGCUGUCCCAAUGUGGGCAGCCUGCAGACCUUGCCCUCUGCUGCGUCCAAGUCCAGCACUUUGGGAGACAGUGUCUCUGAGGAGCCAGGUGCAGGGAAGAAUGGUGACAAUGAUGACCUCUCUCCAAGCUGGCCUCCAAACUCUCAGGUUGGAAGGACACAGCCUGGGGAGGGGAGCAUGCAGGGAGCCCCACAUGCCCUUUUCCAACACAAACCCAAGGGGGCCUGGGAGCAGCUGCUGGGUGGGGAGCCCACCUUGAGUUUGGAUUCUCAGGAAGGCACAGCUGCCCCGAGCAGCCCUGAGGCAGCAGCUGAGGUGGAGGCUCUGCGCUGGGGCAAGGAGCAGGCCUAUGUGGCAGGCCUGGCCAGUCGGUACCGCCUGGAGCAGUACCCGGACAGCUACGAGUCCAUGUCAGAGGCCCCCGCUGCCCACCUGGUACGCCACGUGCUUCCCCUGGCCUUCGCCUUCCCCGUGGACCCCCGGGUGCAGUCGGCCGUGGACGAGACCACGGUGCAGCUGACCGAGCUGCUGACGCUGCCGGUGCUCAUGCAGCGCUCCCUUACUGCCCCGCUGGCUGCCCACGUCUCCCUGGUGAACAAAGCUGCGGUGGACUACUUCUUUGCGGAGCUGCACCUGGAGGCGCACUUUGAGGCUUUGCGGCACUUCCUGCUGAUGGAGGAUGGGGAGUUUGCCCAGUCCCUGAGUGACCUGCUCUUUGAGAAGCUCGGGGCUGGGCAGACACCCGGGGAACUGCUCAACCCCCUGGUCCUCAACUGCAUCCUGAGCAAGGCCCUCCAGUACAGCCUCCAUGGGGACACCCCACAUGCCACCAACCUCUCCUUCGCCCUCAAGUACCUGCCUGAAGUGUUUGCUCCCAAUGCCCCGGAUGUGCUGAGCUGCCUGGAGCUCAGGUACAAGGUCGACUGGCCCCUCAACAUCGUCAUCACCGAGAACUGCCUGAGCAAGUACAGCGGCAUCUUCUCCUUCCUGCUGCAGCUGAAACUCAUGAUGUGGACGCUCAAGGACAUCUGCUUCCACCUCAAGCGUACAGCCCUGGUGAGCCACGCAGCUGGCUCGGUGCAGUUCCGCCAGCUGCAGCUGUUCAAACACGAGAUGCAGCACUUUGUGAAGGUCACCCAGGGCUACAUCGCCAACCAGAUCCUGCACGUCAGCUGGUGUGAGUUCAGGGCCCGACUGGCCACAGUGGGCAACCUUGAGGAGAUCCAGCGCGCCCAUGCAGAGUACCUGCACAAGGCUGUCUUCAGGGGCCUGCUCACGGAGAAGGCAGCACCGGUCAUGAACAUCAUCCAUAGCAUCUUCAGCCUGGUGCUGAAGUUCCGCAGCCAGCUCAUCUCCCAGGCCUGGGGCCCAGCCAGUGGCCCCCGGGGUGCCGAGCACCCCAACUUUGCUCUCAUGCAGCAGUCCUACAGUACCUUCAAGUACUACUCCCACUUCCUCUUCAAAGUGGUGACCAAAUUGGUGAACCGUGGCUACCAGCCCCACCUCGAGGACUUCUUGCUGCGCAUCAACUUCAACAGCUACUACCAGGACUCCUGAGGAGCCCCUCCUGGGCAGGGAAGGAGGCAGAGCCACCACAGGCCUGAGGAAGCUGAUUUUUAUUAAGGGACCUGGCCCAGACCUUCUUUGAGGAUGAGGUGGACAGGGGGCUGCCACUGCUGCCCCAAGGCCUGGCCCCCUCUGCAUCACCUGCAAGGAGGUGGAGCCCUUGUCCCCACACUCGGAGAGCUGGGCUCAGGCAGUGCUGCUGAGCUGGCUUCCAACAGAGACUGGUCAGGGUCUGACUGGAGGUCUCUGCCGUCAUGGAGAGAGGCUCAGGGGCAGCCUGGCACAUCUCGGCAGCUCAGCAACACUGAGCGCCUCGGGAGAGGCCGAGGCACUACGAGGAUCAUGUCACACACAGCUCUGCUGCCCAGAGUGGGGGCUUGCUGCUGUAGGACUGUCCCCCAGGGGCUGCCUCCGCAGCCUCAGAGCCUCCAGCCACUUCCCCAUCGCUGUGGUAAGGCGCUUCCAGCAGCUUCAGCACCCGCCGUACCUGGAGGGAGAGUCCAGGUGAGGGAUGCUGGCCAGCCCACCCUCCCAGGGACAGAGUGGGGACAGGGGCAUGCUUGCCUCUGAGAAGUCCCCCUUCUCGGCGGCCUCGAUGGCGCUCUGUGCGAUGUAGUUCCUCAGGACGUACUUGGGGUUGUUGGCCUUCAUCACACGCACUCGCUCUGCCUGCCAGGCAGCCACAUCGCCGGCACCCUCCAUGUCCCUCUCCAGCCGGACUCUGGAAUCACAGCCCAGCUGCUCUUUCAGCAGGAGCAGCCACAGGGCGCCCAUGCAGGAUCAUCUGCGACCACCUGAGCCGUGGCCGCGGCACAGAGCAGCGGGCACCCUGCAACCCUGCGUUCGGGGCUCACCGGUAUUCCUGCAGCCAGUCAGCCCAGCGGCCCCUGUUCCUGCUCUGCAGCUCCCCGGGGCUCAGCUGCUGCAGCCGUGACUGCUGCUCCACGCGGUCCAGCUCCCUUGCCAGGUUCGCCUGGGUGCCAAUGAGUGCGAAGAGCUGUGGGUUCGACUGCGCCAGCAUGAGCAUCAUGGAGAGCUGCCUGGGGGAGGAGGCAUGAGCCUGCAGCCAGGGCUGCUAUGCUUUGCCCCAGGUGGGCACCAGCUGCAGGUCUGCUGUUGGGGUGUCAGCCCACAUGCUAACACAGCGUGUCCUCCUGGAUAAUCACCAGCCCCAGAGCACAAUGCCUGUCACUCCCCACUAAACUCCUUUCUGUGUGACCA